CCUUUUCUCUUCUUUUUUACUUUUCUUGUUUUUAUCAUGUGAUCAAACCAAGAAGAAAGACUUUUCAUUCUUCCCUGACUCAGAAAGAUGGCGUCCGUUUCCAACCUCACCAACCUUACACCAGCCGCCGCCACUUCUACCGGCUCUAGAUCUUCCUCCGUCAUACCAAGAUCCUUCGUUAACAUCCGCAAGCUUUCCUCUUCUUCCCAUCUUUCUCUUCGUUACAACCAACAGACCAGACCUUCCCUCUUUGUGAGGUGUUCAGCCUCCGGUGGAAAUGGAAGUUCUGCAAAGAGAACUACUCUUCAUGAUCUAUAUGAGAAGGAAGGCCAGAGUCCUUGGUAUGACAAUCUAUGCCGUCCUGUCACUGAUCUUAUCCCCUUUAUUGCCCGUGGCGUUCGUGGUGUAACUAGCAACCCUGCGAUCUUCCAGAAAGCCAUAUCCACUUCAGAUGCUUAUAAUGAUCAGUUCAGGACACUUGUGGAGUCUGGAACGCCUAUUAAAAAAGCGUACUGGGGGCUUGUGGUGAAGGAUAUUCAAGAUGCUUGCGAGCUUUUUGAGCCAAUCUAUGACCAGACCGAAGCUGAGGAUGGAUAUGUCUCUGUUGAAGUUUCACCUCUGCUUGCUGAUGAUCCCAAAACCACAGUUCAAGCUGCUAAACUUCUUCACAAGUCUGUGAACCGUCGUAAUGUUUAUAUUAAGAUCCCUGCUACUUCUCCAUGCCUUACUUCCAUCAGGGAUGUCAUUGCUUCCGGCAUAAGUGUCAAUGUUACGCUUAUAUUCUCAAUAGCUAGAUAUGAGGCAGUGAUUGAUGCUUAUUUGGAUGGGCUGGAGGCGUCUGGACUUGAGGACCUCUCAAGAGUUACAAGUGUUGCUUCAUUCUUUGUCAGCAGGGUGGAUACUCUCAUGGACAAGAUGCUUGAGAAGAUUGGUACACCAGAAGCUCUAGACCUCCGUGGAAAGGCGGCUGUGGCUCAAGCUGCAUUAGCAUACCAGCUAUACCAGAAAAAGUUCUCAGGUCCAAGAUGGGAAGCUCUAGUGAAGAAAGGUGCCAAGAAGCAGAGGCUUCUCUGGGCAUCGACAAGUGUUAAAAACCCAGCUUACUCUGACACUCUUUAUGUUGCUCCUCUCAUUGGACCUGACACUGUGUCAACAAUGCCAGAUCAAGCCCUGGAAGCAUUUAUUGAUCAUGGAAUCGUGAAGAGGACGAUAGAUGCGAAUGUGUCAGAAGCAGAAGGGGUUUACAGUGCAAUAGAGAAGCUGGGGAUAGACUGGAACAAGGUGGGAGAACAGUUGGAAGAAGAAGGUGUAGACUCGUUCAAGAAGAGUUUCGAGAGUCUGCUUGGUACACUUCUAGACAAGGCCAACACUCUCAAACUAGCCAGCCAUUGAAGAUAACUUAAGUUACACGCUUCUCCAAACACUAUGUUUCCUAGAGAUGUUAUAUGGUCUUUGCUUUAUGCUCACAAUAUAAACUCUUUAUCUUAUUUAUUUUUGUAAGAUGAUGUUUUUAUGGAGCUUUUUUCGAUAUAUAAGUAACUUUAACAUUAAA